UUUGCCGCUAGUGUGAACGCCCAUAGCGACACCAAAAGAGCAUAUUUGCCGAUAAUAAGCGACAAAAUAAUCCCCACGUGAACGCCAACUUAUGAAACAAACUUCAUGUCUGGUCACACUUGAAGCGAUUCGCUCAGCUGUUCAAAUGCAAACAAACCAAUUACAAUUACAAAGUUCUAGUGCAGAAAUACAACUAAUUAGACAUAUAAAAUAAUUAAAGAAAACCAAAAAUAAAUUUUAGAUAGCACCAAGUGUGAUUAUGCAUUACAUUCCUAUAACCUGUGAACGCACUUAGUAAUAAUAGAAAUAAAUGCCAAUGGAUUUCGGAAAAAUCAACAUGAGUGGAAAACUAGUGCCAGAAAAUUAUCUGAAACUAGCACAAGAUGCACAGAAAAGUAGAGAAACUGAAAAGAGAGAGCUGCUGGAAAAGCGCAAGCUGCCAAUUAAUGGCUGGACAGGAAAAGAUAUCGAGGAUUUAGUGCAGCAGCUAUCACUGCUCGACAGCAAUAACUUUCCCAAAAAAUCGGGCGUUGGUGAACGGGAAGCGCGCAUAGCAUGUUCGCUCGUCGCACGGCGCCAUUAUAACUUCGGACAUGGCAUUGGUCGCUCGGGUGAUUUGUUGGAGGCACAACCGAAAGCGGCUGGCUCCACGCUAAUGGCUAAUCUAACAAAUGCACUCUUGCUCGAUCUAAUCCAUAAAAUGGGUGUGCGCAGUUGUCGCAGUUGCUUUUUAGCGCCACUUGCCACCGGCAUGUCUCUGCUCUUAUGUCUGCUGACGCUGCGACAGCAAAAGCCAGCAGCUAAAUGUGUUUUAUGGUCACGUAUUGAUCAAAAAUCCUGCUUUAAAAGUAUAAUUACAGCAGGACUUACACCAAUAAUUGUCGAGCCACAACUAAAUGAUAACGGUAGUUUGACAACGAAUUUGAAAGCACUAACGCAAAAAGUAGAGGAUAUUGGAGCAGAGAAUAUACUUUGCUUUUGCACAACAACCAGCUGUUUUGCACCACGAAAUUCUGAUGAUAUAGUUGAAGUGGCAAAAUUGGCGGCACAAUAUGAGCUGCCACACCUCGUUAAUAAUGCUUACGGCUUACAAAGUACAUAUCUCACACAUCAACUAGAGCAAGCACAACGUCAGGGACGUGUGGACUUAUUUGUGCAGAGUACAGAUAAAAAUCUCUUAGUACCAGUUGGUGGCGCAAUCAUUGCGGGCUUCGAUGAACAAUUGGUACGCAAUGUUGCCAAAGCAUAUCCCGGACGCGCUUCUUCAGCUCAAACGCUCGACGUAUUUAUGACGCUUUUGUCACUGGGUCGCAAUGGUUACUUGGAUUUAGUGAAAGAGCGCAAGACAAAUUUUGAAUAUUUACACAUGCGCAUGCAGGAAUUUGCCGCAAGUCAUGGAGAAAUGUUGUUGGAAGCAAAAGGCAAUCCAAUAUCUCUGGCUAUGAGCUUAAGACAAUUUCAAGUCGCUAACAUGGAACUAACGAAAUUCGGUUCAAUGUUGUUUACACGCGGUAUUUCAGGCGCACGCGUUGUGGCUGUAGGAGAUUGCCGGAAAAUUGAAGGACAGGAAUUUAUAAGUUGGGGUACACAUCACUCGGCUACACGAACUGCUUAUUUAACAAUGGCUGCCGGUUUGGGUAUUACAAAAUCAGAAAUUGAUAAUUGCUUUCAAAAAUUGCAAGCAUGUUGGGAAGCAUUUUCGGACCAGAAAUCAAAAAAUAAAAACAAUAAAAAAUAAUAAUAAUAAGGAACUGGUACUUACCAGUUGUAAUCAUUUUUUACUUUAAUUUUGCCUUUAACGACGAGUCGAUGAUGUUUGGUUUUGCAAAUUUAAUUAAUGUCGCUCACUAUUUACAUGCUCUGUUAAUUACUUCAUUUAAAAAAGUGCAAAAUUAAAAAAUUGCAGUCAUUAUUAUUUUUCUAAAUCUAAAACAAACAAAUUGAUUGAUUCAUUAGCAAUAAAAAAAAAUUAAUUAACAUA